AUGAUGGCUUUACCGCGUUCGGCGACCAAGGCGCUUGGACGGUGGCCCUGGAGACACCAUACACAUGGACUAGUGGAUACUCGAGAGGGCAAGGACAAGGGCAAGGAUCCCCUCAAGUCUGGAUUUGGUCUUCCUACGAGUGAGCUUAAAGGAGCUGAAUCGGAGCCCAUCGAGUAUGAUGCGACUGCCCCGAUCGUUCGCACCCCGUCCAAGCUCGUCAAGAAACGUGGGCUGGGCACGAGCGAAAAAGAGCCGGUCGCGAAGGAGAAUGAUGACGAGGACGGGGCUCCACAGUCGAGACCAGAUACUCCCUCUGUGGAUUCAACCACGGCCGAGCAUGUCAUCGUACCUGCCCAUCAGUCCAUACCUCCCACUCCCACUCCCAAACCCAACGUACUCGUCAAGAAGAACUCGCUCUCCAAGCGCGCGGCGUCAAAGCCUGUUUCCGCCGAGACCCCCGAGGCCGAAGAAUAUGACAUGCCCAAAGAGGUUGAAAUACAAGUUCCAACUCCAGUCGCCGAGUCGCCCAGCGUUGAGAAAUCGAUUGGCGAUGAGCAGCAGCAGGAGCAAACGCCCCAUACAGCUGAUCCCAGCGCGGAUGAACAUGCCACCCCAGUAGAAGUUGUUGUCCCUGAUACCCCAGCCGCACCCUUGUCGGGUCCUGAGCGAACGCCAUCGCCUUCGUCAUCUCAUACUCAUCCGUUCCCUUUGCGCGGGGUAACGCCCCCCAAUGGCACUCGAUUCUUUGAAGGCACCGAUGGGUCCCUGGAGCCGACUGAAACUCGUACGACUGUCUUGACGGCCCCGGUGGCCCGUCCGGCUCGGCCUCAACGGAGAAUCUCCUUGCGGUCGUUUGGGUUCUUUUACGGCAAGGAUAGUCGGCCUGCGCACGCGUUCCCGGCCUACGUGCCUCCUACUGAACGUGUCUUGUAUGAAGAAGAAGAUGCCGAGACGGGCUCUAUUGCGCCCAGUCAACGAACGACACCGGGUCACAGGCGAAACCAUAGUCGGAUUCCGAUUGGCCUUUUGACUUCUCGUAAACCUGCACUGCCCAAGGUCACCAAGGGUGAUCGCCGAGCUAUGGAAUCGGCAAUGAGCCUACGUACUUUGAUUAUCGGACCAGCGGCGCUCGAUGUAAAGGAAAAGAACAGGGGGAACGAGCCCAAGUCGACUUCAGCGACUACAGCUUUGCGCAAGGUCAACCAGCAAUUAUUAGAGCCAGAAGAGGCAAAUCGAGUUAUCGCUGCGCUUAGAGAGCUUCCUCCGCCAGACUUGCCCCCAACGGCGGCCCAAACUGUUGAAAGCGUUCGUAAGAAGAAAGGAUGGGCGUUUGGACGAGGGGGCACGAGCCGCGAGGAGGAGAGGCAAGAACACAAAGAGAGCACAGGGACGGUUGCUAUGCCUAUUCAUGGCUGCUGCCUUGAUAUUACCGACGAAGAGGCAGACGAGAAGCAUUUCUCGAAGCUCACUGGAUCGGCCUUUGCAGGAUCCACGGCUGGCACCGAGGAGGCCAAUGCAAACACAGGGUCGGCGGACUUGUCGUCAUUAAUCCCCAUGCUCAAGAACCUGCGACUAGUUAAUCUUCAUGCAUCCCCUGAUCUAUCUUCGGUCAAUGCUGCAUCACUCAGUGCACAUAUGAGCACCCCUGAUCUUGGCUUUGGUCAGGCUGCCGACAAGGACGGGCCGCUGGCUGGUAGCGUGCCGACCCCUGGUAGUCUAGUCGACGGUAUGGAAAAGGUCGGACAAACCUUGAUGAGCCUUGGAUUUGCCACCACACAGGCCGUUUUACCAUCUCAUGUCGGCAUACAUCCCCCAAAAGAUCGUAUGAGCGUGCUCACUUACUGGUGGGGUUAUGAAGUCGUAUUUCCACCGCCAACAAUUCGGUACCUCAGUCAUGUAAACUCGAUCUCGAGCGCGCUGCUCAACUUUUUGACUGCUUUUGCGCUUUUCUCCAACGGUGUACGUGAAAUGCUACCGUUCAUCCGGUAUAUUGCCCAGUUUAUCGACUUUGAAUGGAACGCUAUCAAAGCGCAAGACAAGGGACGCGGUGUGGUCUGCGCGGCAACAUGGGUGAUGCCAGCUGCCCUAGUGCCACGCCCGUGGGAUUUUGUCGAUCCUCCUAUGAGUAAUAAGGCUGCACCCGCCAUCAUCUCGGGACCCCCUAUGCACGUACAACCCACGAUACAUGCGACAUCGGUGGGAUUGACGGUGCCACAAGUUUCUACGACAGUAAUUACGGAACCGGUCGAAGAGGCCGGAGAAACCGAUGUAGGGGCUAUUUCUGAUGCGGAGAUGCGGACCAAUAAACCUUCAAGUAUACACGAUAACCAGCACGAGCGCGCGGUGGAUGAGCAGCAGGGGCAGCAAGGGUCCGGGUUACAAGAUGCCUCCAAUAUCCCGGACAAUAAGACCACCGCGGUUCCGGAACCUAUAGAAGAAAUAGAUACCACGAAAGAUGAAUGA